ACACUCCUCUCAGGAGCUCGCGGAUGGACAGAAAGGAGGAGCGGCGCCGCCGGCGACCUCCCCUCACCCCGCCGCCCCGUCCCCGUCGGUCCGGUCGAGCGGCGCAGAGAGAGGGAGAGGAGCGGGUGGCGCCGACGGAUCCCGCCGAGGCUCCCCAAGGCGGCCCAUGCAGUGGAGAGAGAGGAGGGCUGAUGGGUCCUGCUGAGGUUCCCCAAAUCCAAUGGGCCGGCCCCAUUCCCAGCUCGCCGCGCGUGUACGGCAGGAAGCUGUGGCGCUCCGUGUCCAAGGUGCUCGGCAACGACAAUCUCCUUGCCGAGAUCCUCGUCCGUCUCUCUUCGAAGCCGUCCUCGCUCCCCCGCGCGUCCGCCGUGUGCAAGCGCUGGCGCAACAUCCUCUCCGACCCCGAGUUCCUCAAACGCUUCCGCAAGCACCACCGGAAGCCUCCUCUGCUCGGCUUCUUUGAAGGUUAUGCUAACCGCUUCACCCCUGUCAUGGACUCGCCCGACCGUAUCACUGCUGCCUGCUUCUCCAUGCCCAAGAGAAACACACCCUACAACGACCAUAGAGAAUACAUGGGCUGCCGCCAUGGCCUUGCUGUCCUGGUCAACAAGCAAGAGCGCAAGACCUUCGUGUGGGACCCUCUCACUGGCCGACAGCACAGCGUGGCUUUUCCACCCGGGCUCGAUGACGCCUUUACAGGGAAUUUCUGUAUGUGGCGCGGCGCGGUGUUGUGUGCUGAUGCUGAAGAUGGGCAUGUGCACGGAGAUUGCUUCUCGAGUCCGUUUAAAUUGGUCUUGGUCUGCUGCGGUGGAUACAAUACACAGGCAUUUUGCUCUGUCUAUGACUCGGUAUCUGGUGUUUGGGGAGGUGUUUUCUCGACCGCGAUAUCAAGUAUAAUUUCUAUGUUAAGGCCCAGCAUCCUAGUUGGUAAUACAAUUUGCUGGUUGAUUUCUGGAGGUGAUAUCCUUGUGUUUGACUUCGAAUGUCAGAGCCUUCAUGUGAUCGAGAAGCCGGCAUACUACUAUGUUACCGACGGGUGUUUUCAGCUCUUACGGAUGGAGGGUGGUGGACUUGGCCUUGCUGUUUUGUUGGGCCUGACCAUCCAAUUGUGGGAGAGGAAAUCUAACUGUGAUGGCGUCGUCGGGUGGGUGUUGCUGCAGAAAACCAUUCCGCUGGAGGGGAUGUUUCCAAAAAUGGAUUCUGUACGUUUCGUCGGGUAUGAUGAGGACACAAAUGUGAUUGUUCUCACUUCAAUGACUGGCAACUUCACACUCCAGCUUGACUCGAUGCAGAUCAAACAUAUUGUUAAAAGAAACAACAUAUGUUACGACCCGUUUUAUCCCUACACCAAUUUCUAUACUACAGCUAGGCAAGGCAACUUGGCGGGAAGGGAUGGAUCUGGAACUAAUUGUGAUCGGACCAGAUCUGCUAACGUGCUACCUUGGUCGAAUAAUUUAGGUAUUGAGAGUUAAAUUCGGGUUGCUGAGACGCAGCCAUGGCUAGUUGGCGCAGGGAAGUUCUUCUAUUCUGCUGAGAUGCAGACAUGGCUAGUUGGUGCAGUGAAGUUCUUCUUCUAUUUUGUAUGGUGUGGUCGACGCUUAAAAUGUCCUGCUAUGUAGCCUGUUGGAUCCUCUACUAUGUAUGCUGUGGCAGAUGCGGUGGUCGAUGCUGAGACGUCUCCUCUAUGUUGUAGGGUCGUGGUCCGUGAAUUGAAUUUAUCGGGUUUAAUCAUCCGAACUCUUAUAUAUUUGUGUGCCUAGUGA